UCCUUAUUUUUCUAAAAGUGAAAUACGUAAGGUUUGACUGAAGUCUAUUGAGCCUGUUUUAGCAGUUUGUUCCUGUUUCCUCUCAAACUCACAGUUUGAUCUUUGGAUAAUGAAAUUAUUCAUUACAUUAUCGUAUCCCCAAGUGUAAGAAACAGAGAUCAAACUCUCCAGAACCUUGUAGUGUAUCUGUGAGGAAUAACAGAUCCUUGGAGCAAACACCUGCAUUAAUUAAUGCAAAAAAUGACUUCUGAGCCGAGGCCCACCAGAAGGAAGCGACAGAGAUCAGAAUCUCCAGAAUCCAGCGGGGUGUCUCUGAAGAGUAGCAGGUCCAUGGAGCAACCCCCUAGACUCAGUGAUGCAAUUGUGACCUCUCACCCUCUCAGUAAGAAGGUAGAUGAGCUGAGCAUAUUUGUGCCAUCCACUUCAUCCCACUAUCAGACCCACAUCAGGCAGGACAAAGCUGAAGUCGUCUGGCAGAAACACACACUGGAGACUGUAGAUCUGCAAAGAGUCAAAGACCAGCACAAAACCAGAAUGAAGAGCAAGUAUGAGAGAAUAUUUGAGGGAACCAAACUCCAAGAGAAUGAAAGCCUCCUGAACAGGAUCUACACACAGCUCUACAUCAUAGAAGGAGAAAGAGAAGGAGUGAAUGAAGAACAUGAGGUUUUACAGAUGGAGAAAACAGCAAGAACACAACACUCACAAGACGCUCCAAUCGACUGCAAUGACAUCUUUAAAGCCUCCGCUGAAGCAGGAUCUGAGGAGAAAGAGCAGAUCAAGACUGUUCUUACUAAAGGCAUCGCUGGAAUCGGAAAAACCGUCUCUGUGCAGAAGUUCAUUCUGGACUGGGCCGAGGGAAAAGCCAAUCAGGAUGUAGAUUUCAUGUUUGUGCUUCCAUUUCGAGAGCUGAACUUGAUCCGAGAUCAUCAGUACAGUCUUCACAGACUUCUGCUGGACUUUCAUCCUGAACUUCAUGAUCUGGACUCACAGAUUUAUGAGCAGUGCAAAGUUGUGUUCAUCUUUGAUGGUCUGGAUGAAAGCAGAAUCACACUGAUGUUUUCAGACGCUCAGAAAGUUUGUCAUGUGACUGAGACUUCAUCAGUGGCUGUGUUGAUAUCCAACCUCAUCAGAGGAGCACUGCUUCCCUCUGCUCUCAUCUGGAUCACCUCCAGACCAGCAGCAGCCAAUCAGAUCCCCUCCAAAUACAUCCACCGUCUGACAGAAAUUCAGGGAUUCACUGAGCCUCAGAAGGAGGAAUAUUUUAGGAAGAGAAUCAGUGACCAGCAUCAAGCCAGCAGAAUCAUCUCACACAUCAGAAGAGCAAGAAGCCUCCACAUCAUGUGCCACAUCCCCGUCUUCUGCUGGAUCUCAUCCACUGUGCUUCAGAAGCUCCUGGAAGAAGAUCUGAGAGCACAAAUCCCUCAAACUCUGACUGAAAUGUACAUCCACUUCCUGCUGAUUCAGAUCAACAUGAGGAAGCAGAAGUAUGAAGAGAGAGAUCCAGAGAAACAACUGCAGUCCAACAGAGAAGUGAUUGUGAAACUUGCUAAAGUGGCUUUCAAACAGCUGAUGAAGGGCAAUGUGAUGUUCUAUGAGGAGGACCUGAUUGAGAGCGGCAUAGACAUCAAUGUUGCUUCAGUGUAUUUUGGUAUUUGCACUGAGAUCUUUAAGGAGGAAUCUGUGAUUUAUCAGAGAAAGGUCUACAGCUUCAUUCAUCUGAGCGUUCAGGAGUUUCUCGCUGCUUUCUAUGUGUUUUACUUUCACAUAAGCAGCAAUACAGAAGCAUGUUUAGAUUCACUGCAUGAUUUGCAUAAAAGAGCAGUAGAUAAAGCCCUUGAAAGUGAGAAUGGACAUCUGGAUCUGUUCCUGCGGUUCCUGCUGGGCAUCUCACUGGAGUCCAAUCAGAGACUCUUACAGGAUCUACUGACACACACAGAGAACAGCUCAGAGAACAUCAGGAGAACCACACAGUACAUUAAAGAGAAGAUCAAAGAGGGACAUGAACUUUCCACUGAAAGAUCCAUCAAUCUGUUCCUCUCUCUGCUGGAAGUGAAAGAUCAGACUCUGUCCAGAGAGAUUCAGGAGUUUGUGAAAUCAGACAAACACUCAGAGAAGAAACUUUCUCCUGCUCACUGCUCAACAAUCUCCUACAUGCUUCAGAUGUCAGAGGAGCCAUUGGAUGAGCUGGACCUCAAGAAAUACAACACAUCAGAUGAGGGGAGAAGAAGACUGAUACCAGCUGUUAUCAACUGCAGAAAAGCCCUUCUUGCAGGCUGUAAUAUCACUGCUCGGUGUUGUAAGAGUUUGUCAUCAGCUCUACAAUCCUCAAACUGUGUCCUAAGACAGCUGGAUCUGAGUAACAAUGACCUGCAGGAUUCAGGAGUGGAGCUGCUCUCGGAUGGCCUGAAGAGUCCAAACUGCCAGCUGCAGACACUGAGGUUGUCUGGCUGUAUGGUGACAGAGGAAGGCUGUGGUUAUUUGUCUGCAGCUCUGAGUUCAAACCCCUCACACCUGAGAGAACUGGAUCUGAGCUACAAUCACCCAGGACCAUCAGGAGCCCAGCAACUCAAACACAGAUAUGAGGAUAAAACUGCUCACUGCAGAUACUUAAAUUACACCAUCAAGGAAAUUUCAGGGUCACACAAGGGCUGCGAAAAUAUGCAUGUGAUCUCACACUGGAUCCAAACACAGCACACACUCGUCUCUCUCUGUCUGCAGGGAACAAGAAAACAAAGUGUGAGAGAGAGAAUCAGCCACAUCCUGAUCAUCCAGACAGGUUUGAGAACUGUGAGCAGGUUCUGUGUAGAGAGAGUCUGACUGGACGCUGUUACUGGGAGGUUGAAUGGACCGGCUGGGGUCAUGUAGCAGUGGCAUACAAAGGAAUCAACAGGAAAGGUGGGAGUGACUGUCGAUUUGGAUUCAAUGAAAAGUCCUGGAAUAUUUACUGUUGUGAUACAAUUUACUCUGUC